CAUUUCCGCGCGUAAACGCUUUAAACUUGGUAAAAGUGCAGCGGUUGCAAUAAAUAAUUCGGUGUCAUAACUUUAUUUUUGCAUUCAUAUUUGUUUACAACAGCAAUUUAUAAAAAAAAAAACAAUAAAACGUGCCAAAUAAAGCCAAAGUCAUGGCCACUUUAAUUGAGCAAAUGCUAACUAAAAUGGGGCUACGGGACGAGCCCAGUAUGCAAAGCAAAACGUUAGAAUUGCUGCGUAUUCUUGAGUUACGUUCAGCUAAUGCACCACUACAGCUAAAUGAAUAUGCAAAGACAGUGCUCUGCGCGGAUAUUGCGACCACAGUAUUGGGCAUAGCUUGUGAUAUGGAGCAAAAUGUUAAGUUAUCCACUUUGCGCAAAUCACAUUACAACAAACACAAACGUAUAAUUGAAAAAAUCCUAGAUGUAAAUAAAAUCGUCGGUGUGAAUGACAUAUGUGUACAAUUAAAUAUGACUGAGGUUUCACAAAAGGCUCUAGAACUAUUAGAAUUGUACAAGACUAUUAUGGCAAAAGAAAGCGCCAAUGAUGAAAAUGAUCUAAUCCAUCCUCAAUAUGCAGCAAUGGCUGUAUUCCAGGCUGCCAAAAUAUUAAAACAAAAAUCUUCAAAAGCGAAAAUAAUGAAUUUUAGCAAUUUGCGGCCAACUCAAUGGCAACAACUUGAACUGCGAUGGAAUAAAUUUUUAACCAAAUAUUAUAAAGAAACAUCUGAUAAAAAACAAAGGCUUCGUGUUGGAGAAUCUAAUGAAGAAACUGAAUCUAAUGCAGAGAUUUUAAAAUCGCAAAGUUGUGUAGAAAAUAAAAAACGUUUAGCAUCUUCUGUAGAGGAUUACGAACAAUGGAAAAAGCGAAUUUUGGCGAAGGCAGAAGAGCAGUUAAGGCAUCAACUAAAUGAGCAACAAGAUGAACUUGGAAUUGAUAAAGAAAACCUAAUUUUAGGAAUGUAAAAAAUAGAUAAGGCGUAUGUUGACCUGGUUUCAUAGUACGAGAUAUAUUUAAUAAUAGAUCUAUUACAUAAAGGUCAUUUAGUGAUUUUUAAAAAUAAAUGUAUAUUUUUUUUAGAAAAUUUUCAGUAUAGAAUUACUAAUUACUAACUGCUUGAAUAUAUUUGUACGUUUUAAAUAUAGUUUUCCAAUUAUUAAAUAAAUAUAGGUACAAAACUA